UGCGCUCUGUGUUUCCAGUGUACUCUGAUGGCCAUGCCGGGCAGGUUCAGUGUGUGAGUGCAGUGGGAGCACCUGCCUUUGGAAUCUAGGUCCACAGACGACGAAGCCAGGGCGUGCAGCAGAAACUGGGGAGUACCGGAGCCUAUCCCUCCAUCUCUCUCACUCAGACACACACUCAGACACACACUCAGACACACACACACACACACACACACACACACACACACACACACACACACACACACACACACACUCAGACACACACACACACACACACACACACACACACACACACACUCCCACACACACACACAGACACACUCACACUCACUCUCACACACACACAGACACAAACACACGCACACGCACAUAAACAGGCACACCUAUCUCUCUCUUAUGGGUUUCUCUUUCAAUCUGUCUGUCUUCUUCUAACACACACACACACACACACACACACACACACACACACACACACACACACACACACACACACACACACACACACACACACAACCGCACGCAAGCACAAGCACAAAGGCUGUUUCGGUGCUGUCUGCCACCAUCUGUGCCUCCUUUCUCCACACUCUCUGAUGCUAUUGUUGUGAGCAGCGAGACACUCACCGCUGGGCUGGAUGGAGCCACAGGGAGGGGCUGGGAGUCCAGAGCCCAAUAAAGACAUCCAGCGACUGCUGAGGUCCUCCAGCUCCGGGGACCUGUCCAAAGAGCUCUUCCACCACCCGUUUGGUGACGAGGAGGCUGGGGGUCUCUCCGGACACACGGCCAGCUUGCUGCACGUCAAAGAGAGGAGACGUGAGUACAGGGAGCCCCUCAGCAGCGUGUCCUCUCUGGAGGUGCACUUUGACCUCCUGGACCUCACCGAACUCACCGACAUGUCCGAUCAGGAACUGGCCGAAGUCUUCCCCGACUCGGAUGACGAGAACCACAACGACUCUCCGGCAGGUCCCCACCAGCCCAUCCUGCCACGAGGGGGCUACAUGCGCUCCCCCUCCUGGACGCGCUGCAGCAAGGCGGACGCCCCCCGAGAGAGGAAGCACCACAGCGACUCCGACUCCACAGAGCCCUUCAUGAAGCUGGAGCGGCCCAAGCAGCCCUGAGAGAACGAGAGAGAGAGAGAGCUGGCGUC